ACAAAUCCGUAACACGGUUUUACUAGUUCUUAAGUAGAGAAGCGAAGCAAUGGCGUCGGAGAAACAACGAAAGACGGAGAGAGCCGAGGUGGCGGCUAGGCUCGCAGCUGAAGACUUGCACGACAUAAACAAACACCGUGACGAUGACGUCACGUUGUAUAAGGUAACGGAGAGAACAGUCGAGCAUCCACCGGAGCAGGAGAGGCCAGGGGUGAUAGGAUCGGUGUUCAGGGCUGUGCAAGGAACGUACGAGCACGCGAGAGAUGCUGUCGUCGGAAAAAGCCACGAUGCGGCGGUGGCGACCAGCGAAGGAGCUAAGAUGGCUUCAGAGAAAGCUGCUGGAGCCAAAGAUGCAACCCUUGAGAAGGCCAAAGAGACAGCGGAUUACACGGCUGAGAAGGCGAGAGAGGCUAAAGAUAAGACGGCGGAGAAGGCAAAGGAGACGGCGAACUAUACAGCGGAUAAGGCGGUGAAAGCCAAGGAUGUGACGGCAGAGAAGGCAAAGGAGACGGCGAACUAUACGGCUGAUAAGGCCAAAGAGGCGAAGGACAAGACUGCUCAGAAGGUGGGUGAGUAUAAGGAUUACACGGUGGAUAAGGCUAUUGAAGCAAAAGAUAAGACUGCGGAGAAGGCAGGAGAGUAUAAGGACUACACGGUGGAGAAGGCGGCUGAAGGGAAAGAUGCUGGAGCGAGUAAGCUUGGAGAGUUGAAGGAUAGUGCUAUUGAUACGGCGAAGAGAGCUAUGGGUUUCUUGUCUGGAAAGACUGAAGAAACCAAACAAAAAGCUCUGGAGACCAAAGACUGUGCUAAGGAGAAAAUGGAGGAAGCUGGAGAAGAAACGAGACGUAAGAUGGAGGAGAUGAGAUUGGAAGGUAAAGAACUCAAAGACCAAGCUGGAGAGAAAGCACGUGAGGCACCUCAAAAGACAAGAGAGAGUACUGAUUCUGCAGCUGAAAAAGCCCGCGAGACUAAAGAUUCUGCUGCCAUUAGGGGUAAUGAAGCGAAGGGGACAAUAUUUGGUGCACUAGGGAAUGUGACGGAGGCGAUAAAGAGCAAGCUGACAAUGCCAUCGGACAUUGUGGAGGAGACACGUGCGGCACGUGAACAUGGAGGAACGGGGAGGACGGUGGUUGAAGUGAAAGUCGAAGAUAUAAAGCCUGGUACCGACGUUGGAAGGAUGGAUGAGGGUCGGAAAGACAAGGGAAAGCUCUAAAGCUCGUCGAUCGGAUGGAUCUGUGUGCUAAGCAGACUAGCAGUUGACGUUUUCUGAUUUUUCUCUCUUUGUUGUUUGUUGUUGUUGUUUUCUUGUUUUGGAAGGGAGAAAUCUUUAUAUUUAUGCAACUUAUUUUAAGACUAA